UCUUGUCGCUGAAUGAUCGCAAAUCCUCACAGCAGCUGAAAAAUAUCCCCAAACCUUCUAAAGAAGCCUUCUCAGAAGAGUGGAGCUUAUUAUAUCAGCAUAUCCCAUAUUGGAAUGGGAUGUUCAGCAAUCUGGUUGUGCUGGUCAACUGUCCACAUACUUUUGCUCAUACAGUGUGUAGUUUGAGUUGUCCUUUAGAAAUAACAUUGUAUAGGAGAUAAAACUGUCAAGAACAGAUGGAAAAUUGGUACAGUGUAAUAAUGAAUGGAUGUGCGCGCGUGUGCGUGUGUGCGCGCGCGCGCGCGUGUGUGUGUGUGUGCGGCUUGGCUGCACUGCAGUGCUCUACAGAUUUGGGAAGGUCGGCUCUACGGUGUGACGUCAUAAGAAGCAGAAGAAGAAGCGGCCAUUAGGGCUUGGAGACAGCGCUCGGAUAAAAGCCUCAGCAUCACCAUGGACAGAAGAACCAGCUGAUCCCAGGAAUCCCAUCCCCGUUAACGAGAAGCGGCUUUUGUUCUGCCGCAGCAGCCGGACUGAGCCAUGCAUUUGCUCACCAAGAGAUAGCUAAAGGACAGUGGAGAGACGGAAAGAGACAGAGACAAGGGAGUUUGGGACAGGACUCGAUCCAGGGACUGAAGAUCGCAGAGGAAGCGCUCAGGACGCCUCCAGUCCCACGAACACUCCAGAAUCUCAUAAGUCAUCAGAGGUGCAGCUUUUCUUUCUGAAGGCAGAAGAUAGAAGAGAAGUGAGGCUGGGCUUCCAUCUGAAUGCUGAGAAAUGGGAGCUCUAACCAGCAGACAGAAUGCUGGAGUGGAGGAGGUGGAUAUCCCAUCCAACUCAGUCUACAGAUACCCACCCAAAAGUGGAAGCUACUUUGCCAGCCAUUUCAUCAUGGGAGGAGAAAAGUUUGAUUCGACCCACCCAGAGGGGUACUUGUUUGGAGAGAAUACAGAUCUCAACUUCCUGGGAAACAGACCAGUCACAUUCCCAUACACCGCCCCACCGCCUCACGAACCAGUAAAGACCCUCCGAAGUCUGGUCAACAUACGAAAAGAUACUCUCCGAUUGGUCAGAUGUAGCGAAGACAUGAAGUUGCCCGGGCAGGAGGCUGGAAAGAGUCGCAGUUGCUACAACAUUGAGUUUACCUUCGAUGCUGAUACACAAGUUGCCAUCACUAUUUACUACCAAGCUAUUGAGGAAUUCCACAAUGGUGUGCCAGUAUACCUGCCACAGGACAGCUCUCUGAAAUCGGAGACGGUGCAUUUUAAGAGAGGCGUCUGCCAGCAGUUCUGCCUUCCCUCGCAUUCUGUCAACUUGUCCGAGUGGUCAGACGAGGAGCUUUUAUUCGACAUGGAUAAAGAGGUUUUCCCCAUGGUGGUGCAGGCGGUGGUGGAUGAAGGAGACGAACAUUUAGGACAUGCUCACAUUCUCCUCGCCACUUUCGAGAAGCACACGGAUGGCAGCUACUGUGUGAAACCUUUGAAGCAAAAGCAAGUGGUGGAUGGUGUUAGCUACCUACUUCAGGAGAUUUAUGGCAUAGAAAACAAAUACAACAGCCAGGAAUCUAAAGUAGCUGACGAUGAGAUCAGCGACAACAGUGCGGAGUGUGUGGUGUGUCUGUCUGAUGUACGCGACACACUCAUCCUUCCCUGCAGACACCUGUGCCUGUGCAACACCUGCGCAGACACUCUGCGCUACCAAGCCAACUGCUGUCCAAUCUGCCGUCUGCCAUUUCGAGCUCUGCUGCAGAUCCGAGCCUUGAGAAGAAAGCUAAGUCCCGUCUCCACUACCGGCUUCAACCCAACUAUCGCAUCCCAGUCCUCAGACUCUGAAGAACAUUCGGCGGCUGAAAACAUUCCCCAGGGAUUCGAGGCCGUGUCUCUUUUAGAGGCUCUGAACGGCCCUCUGAACCCCUCACCCUGCGCUCCGGCACUGCACGGCCUGACCAAAGCUCACAUCUCUGGAACUCUGCCUGCGUACGGCACCUCGAGUCAUCACACGGUCACACACUCGCUUUCUCACUUGGAGCACUCCAUCAACUCCAGCCAAGGCCUCAAGGUCAAGAAGAGCAGCUCCAAGUCUCUCUCCCAGAAUUCCCAGAAUUCAUCGGUGCUGCCUGAGGAGGAGGAUGAGAAGUCGUGCAGUGAGUCAGAGGCUCAGGUGUGCAGGAGGAAACUGCCUGUGGAGCAGCAAGAGUGUGGCAUGACCCCUGAUAGCGACAAUCUCACCUUGUCUUCGUGCGGAGCGAUAGAGCAGUCCUCCUGUAGCGGCACCCCGCUGUCCUCCACCAUCACCUCCCCUGAGGAUCCAGUAAGCAGCAGUUUGGCUCAGUCUGUCAUGUCCAUGGCGUCUUCACAGAGUCAGAACUCACGAAUCAGUACUGACACACUCUCCUCCAUGUCUGGCUCGUACCUGCCGGGGGCAGAGGGGGACAAACGCCACCAGAACACACCAGAGAGCCGACCGGCUUCCCAGCAGGAGGGUGAGAAAACCCCCAGUGAAUCACAUGACCACAGUUUCAUGGUAGCCGUGGUUGAAGAGCAGGAUUCCGAGGGAAACGAUGUCACUGAGGAGGACUGUGCAUCUCCUACUAAAGACCAGGGUGGGCGCAGGAGGAGCGAGUUGCCUUGUCCAGAGUUUGACAAUAACAAUCAGGGGCGGUCUGACACCCACUGUGUGACAGGCCUGGACAAUGAACAGGCUCCUGAUGGCCAAUUCGCUGAGCUGCUCUACCUGGAUGCCAACUGGCGUUCCCAGGAGUCUCUGCUUCAGCAUGCCUCUAACAGCAACAUCAGUCUGGACGAGCAGAGUUUCACCAACAAGGGGACGAGCCCAAAAAACUCACCAAAAACACGCCACGGACCGCUAGCUGUGUAAAAGCCGUCUCUAUAACAUCUGACUCCCAUGCUGACUCCUCAUCCCUCCAUCUUAAAAACAAAACAGAUCUGUUUCUCAAGUCUCAAAUAAGAAAAUAUUCGGCAGUGGCUUUUUUCUUCAGCCUUCACACGGCUUCUUUAUAAAUGCAUGUGGAGAAACAGCUGGUGGAUUGGAUUCAAAUAACAUCAUGAACAGGGACUCCGUCACUUUAGGUGCAUUUCCACCAGAUAAAGCAAGAAUUCCCAGGCUGGAUUUUAGUUCCUGGAACUAUAUCCAUAUUGGGAAAAAUCACCGCUUAAUUAUUAGAAUUGCAAACUUGUAUAAUUGUAUGUACAAUUACUAAACCAGUCAAAACCUUAGAGGAAUCACAGUAAUUUAAACAUACUCCCAUUUGCCUGCUACACACACACCACCUUAAAGGUGCAGUUUGGGGAAUAUUCCCAUAACUUUGAGAAAUACCAUAAAAAACUAUUUUCAAUAUUUCCAUGCAAUGGUUCGUUUAUUUUAUUUUUUUAUGUUUAGUUUAGGUUUCUAUUUAAAUUUUUCCAGCCCAGAAAUGAACUCCGCCCUGCACCAAAGCUGCUCAGGUAUAUACCCGACCCCACCUUAUUCUUAAACGGCAACUCAACUUUCUUUCAUUAGGGAAGGUUUGUCCCUGUAUAAUGACAGCAAUACACCUUCCAUGCAGCAGAGGGCUGUAAAAAUGACAAACCGCUGCUUUAAUGCUUAUACAAAAACAUUGUUUAUUUCUCUGGUAUGGUGGAAAUGCGUCUAUUGUCGCGCAUGGAAGAUCUAACGCUACAUCACGUUUGCGUGAAUUGAACAACGGGUUUGCAUGCGCAGGUAAUCCUUUCCUUAAUCCACUUGCACUCCAGAAUAUUCAGUGUUUGAAUGUCAGUAUGAACAUGCUGCACUUUCCUGUAACGCUGGGAGAGGUGAGGUCACUUGUUCACACUACAAACUGGACUUUUGAGCAAUAACACGUCCUACAGUAUCUGAGCUGCUCCUACCAUCAUGCAUGUUACAAAGACACAAAAUCACCUAAAAGCUACAAAGCUGCCUCACCUGACCAUAUCCGACCAGCCGAAUCAGUGCUAGUCGAGAGAACCAUCUGCCACCACAAUCAUGUAUCAGAAAGAUACAGUCGUAUAUGUUUACCGAGUAAGUGUUAGCUUGGUUCUGAAAGGCGCUUGGCGACAUUUCGCAAAUCGCAGGGAGCAGUAAAUUUGUUAAGGGAUUCGCCAAGCAAAAAAUGCCGUUGUGUGUUUAUUUUGCGUUCCAAAUAACCAUAGGAAAUCUGAGUGAAGUGUUUCCUGAAACAAAAAAUAGAAAAUGUGCCACACAUUUGUCAGUGUUCAAACAUUUUUCUAUAUUUUUUUUAAAUGAAAUCUGCUUCCAUCUUUGGGUUUUUGUUUGUGUUUGUUUUUUUUUUGUUUUUUUUUUGCAGUGGCUUGUUCGAGAUUUUUUAUGUGUCUGACAUUCUGAGUUUGACGUAUUUGUAGAGGUCACUGGAAGGGUUGAGUUCAAACCAUAACCCCAAACCUACUGGUGUGGCUCAGUACAGUAAAGUUUUCUUCAUAUCUCCAUCACCAAAUGACUCGUAAUGUACUUAGUGCUCAAAAAGUGCUAAAAAUGCUAACAUAUAGGUGGAGCUAGAUAUGGUGCAGGCUUCUGAUUGGCUCAAAUGUUACCAUAGCUGCAAUUUGUUACUUGAACAUGCUGAAUACCGUAGGAAUGGGGGAAGAAUAAAAAAAUUUACCUUCAGAGUUGUAACUAUCUCGAUCUAAUCAGCACUCAAAAUAUCAGUAUCUGUAUUUCUUUUUUCUUAUUUUAACCUAAAGUGGGUGUGGCCUAAUUCAGAAGUGUUUUUGUUUAAUUAGGGCUCAAAAUAUUUGUAUUUGUAUCUGGAUUUUAAACUAAAUUGGGUGUGGCCUAAAUCUGGACUUUUACAGGGCUCAAGAUAUCAGUAUGUCAUCUAAAUUUUAGACAGAAAUGGGUGUGACCUAAUUUGGAAUGAUUGUUUUUUAAUUAAUGCUCAGAAUAUUCGUAUUUGUAUCUGGAUUUCAACCUUAAUCGAGUGUGGCCUAAAUAUGACAUUUUUUUAGGGCUUAAAAUAUUCGUACCUGUAUCUAAAUUUAACCUAAAGUGGGCGUGGCCUAAAUCUGAAGUUUUUUUUUUUUUAGGGCUCAGAAUAUCAGUAUCUUUAAAAAAAAGUAUGUAUUUUUAAUUAGGACACAAAACAUUUGUAUUUGUAUCUGGAUUUCAAUCUAAAGUGGGUGUGGCCUAAAUCAGAAUGAUAAUUUUUUAUUUAGAUUUUAAAAUAACUGAAUUUGUAUCUGGAUUUCAACCUAAAGUGGGUGUGGCCCAGAUCGGAAGUUUUUUUUGUUUGUUUGUUUGUUUUUUUAGGGUUUCAAAAUAUCCGUAUCUCUUGAAUUCAAUCUGAAAUGGGUGUGGCCUAAAUCUAAAGGGUUCUUCUUUUGUUUGUUUUGCCCAAUUUUUUCUGAUUGCAACAUAUCAAGCCGGUUCUAUUCCCAAAAUAGAAAUGAACCAGAAUCUCAAUUUAAGCUGCAGUAAAUGCAUUACUGUAAAUGUAUUGUUCAUGUCUUCCUUUGAACCAAUAAUGUUCAUAUCUGUCUGCUCUGAUUACAGUCUAGUCUUAACCCUGUGCCCUGCAUAGAUAUCUGACAAGCUUUCUGAAAACAUUUGGAUCGUAUUAGGUUACAUCUUUACUAGACAAUAUUGGGGUACUAGAGGUACUUCGUGAAAGUUUUGAAAAUGCUCUCAGGAAAAAUAGUACUAUACUGAAUUUGUCCUUGCUGAAUACAUCUGCUGUACCUUUAAAUAUUAUUGAAUUAAACUGGAUUUGUGAAUAAUAUGUACAAUAUAUAGACAAAAGUUUGUAGACACCCGACUACAAGAACAAGCUUUCUAAACAUCCCAUUUCAUAUUUAUUUUCAUUUGCUGUUAUAAUAUCCUCCAUUCUUCUGGGAAGAUGUUCUAGAUUUUGGAGUGUCCUUGUGGAUAUUUGCGCUCAUUCAGCCAUAAGGGUGUUAUUAAAGUGGGGGUCUGGGGUGCAGUCAGCGUACACGUUCAUCCCGAAAAGUUGAUGUCUAUAGCAAGAGAUCUUCAACUUUAAUGCAUGUAAUGUAUAUCUUCAUGGAGCUGGUUUUAUGCACAACAAAAGGUUCAGAUCUUCAAGAUUAAGUGAAGUGAAAAUGUAAUAAUACUGCAUCCAAAGGCAACCUUUACAAUUGAGUGCCUCCAACUCUGUGGGGAAGAACCACAUUUGGCUGGGAAAAUGGUGUCCCCAUAUUUUUUGUUCAUAUCGUCUACCUUUAAAAGGAUUUAAGGCACAUUUACUAAGCUAAAAGUGUGGUAUCAACACGGCAUAAAUGGAAGAUACAGUUUAGUGCACUUUUCUAUGAGAGUAAAGUUUGAAUGACAUUAGUAAGCUGUGCCUAUGGGCUGUCUGGUGAUAAAAUGCUAAAUGUUAGCGCCUUACUUUAGAUCACAUUUCUCAUCUCUCUUUGAGUAAUAAAAAUUUAGAUUUUUGUAUUAGCUAGCGCUUUUCAUCGUCGUGGUAUGCUCGGUCGCUGGGUUAUUAGCGAUCCUGAUCUAGCUAAUGAACAAGUGUCAGAUGUGUUCGAUGAAAUGUUAAUAACGAUGUGAUGUUUCAGUCAUCAUUUCUACAAAUUAAUUUUUACAGGUAUUUGUUGAUUAUUCGUUAAUUGGUUUGUUUGUUUGUUUGUUCGAUUUCCUUAGACCACAAACCUGUGGUGCAUGUAACACUAGCCACUACAUUUGUUCUAUAAAGAAGUGUACGUUCGCGGUAGAUAUUUUCAGUUCACCGGAGCCCCUUCAGUAUCAGCGCAGAAAUUCACGCCGGUGACGUACAGUAGGUCUACGGGUUUUAGAUGAGUUCGUCUUUGUAUCGGUGCAGUGCAUUUCUAUCUGUGGAAUCAAAGAAUACUCCAGACGUCAUGUCGUGUUAGAGGCAGCUUCCAUCUUGAACACAUUUAAAAGCGAUGGUGCAUUUUCCUGCUCUCAAAAGCGCCCAUAGACUUCCGUUCUGUCUUCUUGUCAUUUGGCACCCAUCGAAAAAAACAAUGACUGUGAUCUACAGUAGAUCAGAUGAACUGAGUCUGUACACUGAUCACUUUUAUAAAACAUACAAAAAAACCCCAAAACAAUAA